AUGACAACGCAAUUCCAACCUUUUCAUUGUUCAACACCAUCGCAAUUCAACGAAAAAGCUCCUUCAUUGUCUAAACUGAAAAACAAAAAUCUAAAGAAUGAAUUAGUUAUAAAAUUAGUUGAACCUACUGUAAUAUUCCGUGGAGAUCCACAAGAAGCUCCCGGUGUUUUUUUAAGAGGUGAUCUGAUUUUAAAUUUAAGUAAACCAACAAAUAUUAAAGGAAUUGAAAUGGAAUUUGUUGGAAAAUCAAAAACUUUUUGGAUUUCAGACGAUGUUAGACAGGAACGGAAUAUUCAUUCUGAAAAACGAGAAAUUAUAUCUCAUAAAUGGCAAUUUAUGACUCCACACGUUAAUGAAUCAUCAACACAUGAACAUUCGCGUCAUAGUAUUCUCGGUAUAAAACAAUUAUCAUCUUCGCCUCAUGAUCAUACAAACAUAACCCCGCCGGGAAACCUUCCAGAGACUAUCAGCGCAGACUUAGGAUAUGUACAAUAUCGAUUAUCUGCACAAGCGCAUCGUCCAGGUUUAUUACCGAAAUUAUCAAAAGAAAUUGAUAUUGAGGUUAUUCGAAUUUUACCCGAUGAUUUUGACUCAGAAGGAAUAGCUUUGUCAAAAGAUUAUGAAGAUAUAUUAAACUAUGAGAUUUCAAUUCCAAAGAAAUCUUAUCCUCUUGGACAAGCCAUUCCGAUAGAAAUUAAACUAAUUCCUUAUAUUAAAAAAUUAAAGAUUCACGGAAUAACUAUUAAGCUUUUAGAGACUACCAUUUACAAUGCUCAAAAUGAAAUGUUCGGGAUCACCAAAGUUUUGGCAACACUUGACAUUGAAAAUCUAGUUCAUGAUAGUCUACUACAAGAUGUAGAUGAAGGCGAUAUAGGAAAUACAAGUUACCAAAGUAAUUUUGAUUUCCAAUUACCUAAUUGUAAUAGUAAAUUCUCUAUUAUGGUUACUUUACCAAAAAAUGAUACUAGAACAAAACUACGAGUAGAAUGCGACAUUAAUUUGGUUUCUUGGUUUGCCACUAAUCAAAAUUUUACUUUACCAAAAUAUGAAGAAAGUUUGUUGUUCUGCCCUUGUAAUCCUGAAUAUCAACGAAUUGCAAGAUUAGUAUUAGGUGAUGCUGCAAAUGACUGUGGUUGCCAUAACGACGUAGGUGUAAAUGAGAAUUCUGUAUCAAUGCCGGCAAUGCAUUGUAAUUGUGAUUGUUGUGGAGAUGACUGUAAAUGUUUACCUCCAAAUUAUGAUGAAGCAUAA